UGCCGCCCCCGAAGAAUCCCGAAAACCAGAACUACUCUCAUCACUGACAGAGGCGGUUUCUGCCCCCUUCCGCGAAUGGGCUUCCGCUUCGCCCGCCUCGCCGCCGGCGUCGCCCGCGCUACCGCCUCCCAUCGUGGGCCACACCCCUCCUCCACCUCCGCCCGCCGCGUGCUCGCCCCUCUCGCCUCGUCUGGCGAACCAAGCGGCGGCUACCGGUUCGUCCCCGUCCGCGGUCACGGGGGCCACUCCCAUCACCACGGCGAGGCGUCUGAGAAGAUCUUCCGGCUCGGGCUCGCCUCUGACGUCGUCCUCACCGUAGGGAAGGCCAUCACCGGCUACCUCUCCGGCAGCACGGCCAUCACCGCCGACGCCGCCCACUCCCUCUCUGACAUUGUGCUGAGCACGGUGGCUCUGCUGUCCUACAAGGCUGCCAAGGCUCCCAGAGACAAGGAUCAUCCUUAUGGUCAUGGAAAGUUUGAGAGUUUAGGAGCUCUUGGAAUUUCAAGUAUGUUGCUGGUUACUGCAGGUGGGAUUGCCUGGCAUUCUUUUGAAGUACUUCAGGGAGUUAUGUCUUCUGCUCCUGAUAUAAUUGGUAGCACAUCACACAUCAAUCACAACCAUGGUAGUGGUGGGCAUAAUCAUGGAAUUGAUUUGGAACAUCCAGUCCUCGCAUUGACUGUGACAACCUUAGCAAUAUCAAUCAAAGAGGGGCUCUAUUGGAUUACAAAAAGAGCUGGGGAGAAGGAAGGGAGCGGGCUGAUGAAAGCUAAUGCAUGGCACCAUCGUGCAGAUGCUAUUUCAUCUGUUGUUGCCCUAGUAGGGGUAGGUGGCUCCAUUCUCGGAGUACCUUUACUUGAUCCACUGGCUGGACUUGUUGUGUCAGGCAUGAUUCUUAAAGCUGGUGUUCAGACAGGAUAUGAGAGUAUACUAGAACUUGUUGAUGCAGCUGUUGAUCCGUCACUUCUAGAACCAAUCAAGGAAACAAUUGUGAAGGUUGAUGGUGUAAAGGGGUGCCAUCGGUUGAGGGGAAGGAAAGCGGGGACCUCCUUAUAUCUUGAUGUGCAUAUUGAGGUAUAUCCUUUCUUGAGUGUCAGUGCAGCACAUGAUAUCGGGGAAACUGUCCGUCAUCAUAUACAAAAGGCUCAUAAUCAAGUUGCUGAGGUUUUUAUUCACAUAGAUCCCUCAUAUUCAGUGGGUACCGACAUGGACAAGGAAAACACUUUGGAGAACCUAGAGAGAAGAAAUUCGGACGAUAUUCCACGGCAACAAAAUGCAGAAGCUAUUGUGUCUGAUAUAGUUUUGUCUCAUUUUUCAAAGAAAAUGUCCCUUGAACACCUAAUGCUGCAUUACUUGCAAGGACGAGUGUUGCUUCAGGUCCAAGUUUCAAUGCCCCCAGAAAUUUUGAUUCGGGAUGCAAUGGACAUCGCAAAACAAGCUGAGGAGGAGAUACUGAAUGCUGAUGCCAGCAUAAGUCAAGUCAGCAUACAGCUGAGGUUGGGCCAACAAAUUCAGAAACUUCAUCUGGCGACGAGCAAAACCGGAGCGAAGGAUCUACAAGCAGAGCAGCAGUAGCAUGAGCGGUGCAUUUGCUGUGCAGCUGUGCUGGCUCGAUCACUUUUGCUAAUUUUGAUAACAUGCAUCAGCUGCAUUUUGCUGCUUGGCAGUUGACCAGAACAGCCCGUGUACAUCCUGUUCUGUUCAGAGAUACCCAGAUACCAUUAAAAAAAAUGGAAUAAUGCAGAUAGCAACGUUGCUUGCAAAUGGCUGCAAGAAAGAGUGCUUUUGAGUCUGCAUUACAAACUCCUCUUGUAAACUCCAUAACACAAGUGCCUCUUUUAUUGGGAUGUGGUUACUUGAAACCUUCUAUUAACUGUAAAAUAAGUCAAACCUCAUUUUCACCUAUGAAAUAUUUUUCCUUCAUU